UUAUUAAAUAUUGAGGGAUAUAAAUGAACAAAGAAUGUGUUAAUUAGAGGAAAAGAAACCUACUAUUGGCAGAUAUGCUCCUCCCCUGUAGUGAAGCUCCUCCCCCUUCACUUCAGCUAUAAAUACUGGAAUAUUCCCAUCAGUCCACAAGUGAAGACGAGCUUCAGACCAUCAGGAGGAAGUGAAAUCUGCAAAGACAGAGUUUAUUGAAGGACAGAGAGAACAUGAGUGAUCCAGAACCCUGCAGAAUUGAACUGGAAGACACUGAAGAACAAACAGACCUUAAAGAGAAUGAAGAGAGCAAAGGCGACAAACUUUUUGGAGACAAGAAGUACUUUACCUGCAGUCAGUGCGGAAAGAGUUUGCGAAGCAAAAACAAUCUUAAGAUUCACAUGAGGAUCCACACUGAAGAGGAACCAUUUACCUGUACUCAGUGUGGAAAGAGUUUCAUACAAUUAUCACACCUUAAUCAACACAUGAUGAUUCACACUGGAGAGAAACCGUUCACAUGUACUCAGUGUGGGAAGAGAUUCACACAAUCAUCACACCUUAAUCGACACAUGAGGAUCCACACUGGAGAGAAACCAUUUACCUGUACUCAGUGUGGAAAGAGUUUCAUACAAUCAUCACACCUUAAUCAACACAUGAUGAUUCACACUGGAGAGAAACCAUUUACCUGUACUCAGUGUGGGAAGAGUUUCAUACAAUCAUCACACCUUAAUCAACACAUGAUGAUUCACACUGGAGAGAAACCAUUUAUCUGUACUCAGUGUGGGAAGAGUUUCAGAGAAUCAUCACACCUUAAUCGACACAUGAAGAUUCACACUGGAGAGAGACCACACAAAUGUGAUCAAUGUGGCAAAACAUUUUCUAUGGCUCCAGAGCUGAAGAUCCAUCUUAGAGUUCAUACAAAGGAGAAACCGUAUUCCUGUUCUGAGUGUGGAAAGAGUUUUACACAGAAGGCACAUUUAAUACAACAUCAGAAGAUCCACACUGGUGUGAGAGAGUAUAUGUGCUUUGAGUGUGAGAAGACUUUUAUUUCAGCUGGAGAUUUGAAACAGCACCAGAGGAUUCACACUGGAGAGAAACCAUACAAGUGUUCACACUGCGACAAGAGAUUCAGUCAGUUGAGAUCUCUGAAAACACAUCAAAUGAUUCACACUGGAGAGAAACCAUAUACGUGUUCACACUGCGACAAGAGAUUCAAUCAGUCAGGAGAGCUGAAAACACAUGAGAGGAUUCACACUGGAGAGAAACCUUACAAGUGUUCACACUGCGACAAGAGAUUCAGUAAGUUGAGACAUCUGAAAACACAUGAGAGGAUUCACACUGGAGAGAAACCUUACAAGUGUUCACAGUGUGAGAAGAGAUUCAGUCAGCUAGUAAACCUGAAGACACACAAAAGGAUUCACACUGGAGAGAAACCGUAUUCAUGUGAUCAGUGUCUGAGGAGUUUCACACAGUUGAUUGAUCUUAAGAGACACAUGAAAAUCCACACUGGAGAAAAGCAGCACAUGUGAAAUCAAUGCAGCAAAAAAGUUUCUCAUCUGGAACGAGUGUCAAUAUCAGAAAAUACAGGUGUGAGUAGGGCUGGGCAUGAUCAAGCAACACUCAUGAUCAAAUUCAUCAAAUUUGCUUAAACGUUCUGAAGUAUGACUAUAUUUUACAAGCAAGGAUUCUGACACACCAACAUUAAGCAGAUAAUUUACAAAAGUUUCGUGUAAGGGGCGAAACAAAUCAAAGUUAAUGAAACAUUUGAGGGCGCAUGAUCAACUAAGGAGUCACAAUGGAAUCAAUCAAGGCAGACGGAUGCCCUGUCUUUGACAGCUUGUGACACCAUCUGGCAAUUUCACUGAGUAUGUUUACAUGGACACCAAUACUCUGAUUUUAAUAUGAUUAAGACAACACUCUGAUUAAGAGUCAUGUAAACAGCUAUUUUUGAUUACCUUAAGGGACCACAGACACUUGCGUCGCGAAAUGCAGAGGUUUUUACUUUCUAUUCAGCAUGCAGUAUCAAAUUUAAUCAAAAUAACACUCUUCCACCAGCACCGGUAUUGAAAUAACCCAAACCGACACUCAACCCUAGGUGUGAGAGAGUGAGUGUGGAAAGUCUGUCCAUUUGUUUUGUGUAUUUUGUUUCCUCAAUAAAUUUUCUUUACUCUGAGGUUCAAGAUUCUCUCCUGUUUUACUACACUUACUUUGUAUAUUGUAAUAAUUUGAGCUGGGGGACAGAUAUU